GAGAGAGAGAGAGAGGUAAAGAGAGAGAGAGAGAUGGGAAGGAGUCCAUGUUGCUCCAAGGAAGGACUAAACAGAGGAGCAUGGACUGCCCUUGAAGACAAUAUUCUUACCACUUACAUUACAGCCCAUGGAGCAGGCAACUGGAGAAACCUCCCCAAGAGAGCUGGGUUGAAGAGAUGUGGUAAGAGUUGCAGACUUCGAUGGUUGAACUAUCUUAGACCAGACAUCAAGAGAGGUAAUAUUUCCGAUGAUGAAGAAGAACUCAUCAUCAGACUCCACAAGCUUCUUGGUAACAGAUGGUCUCUAAUAGCUGGAAGGCUACCUGGACGAACAGACAACGAAAUCAAGAAUUAUUGGAACACUAGUCUUGGAAAGAGAGCUAAAUUAGCUGAACCAUCUCCACCACAAUCUCCACAGCUAGCCAAUGAACCCAAAACGACUAACCCAUCAACCUCAUCCCAAGCACCCCAAGUGAUCCGAACCAAGGCUAUUCGGUGCACUAAAGUUUCCCUCCCAAUAACACCACUACCACCACCACCGCUUGAAAUUCAAACUACUGACCAACUACAAAGACAGAGUAGAACUACAUUGUCAAUGGAUGAUUAUUUGAAUGUUGAAGAUUGUGGAAAUAUUGACUUGGAUUUCUUGAAUUUUGAGGUCGGAGCAAGUGAUCAUGGCAUUAACAAGGAUUUGUCGUCCAUUAUGGGUUCUGAUCAACAGUACUUACCUUUCGAACAUGAGGAUUUUUUCUUCGUGGACAAUGAUGAUGAUGCCAAUUUGGACCUUGAAUCCUUGGAAUUAUUGCUUAAUUCCGAUGAAUGGCCAGAAAAAUGAUGGCUUGUCAUCACCAACAUCUUCUUUUCCUUUAAAGUGUGUUUGGAUUGAGACCUCUUUUCCCUCUAAAUCUCUCAAUUCAAACACACUGUUAGUCAUGUCUUUGCUAGUUAGUGAUGAAUAUUGUGUAUAUGUAUAUUUUAAUAAAAU